AUGAAAAGCCUACUACGAUACAUCAAGGCUGCUUCCGAAGCAGCCGUCACGCAAGCUACAACGUCUGCAAAUGCUGCUUCGAAGCCGGUUGUAAACUUAUCUUCUACUCCCCAACAGAUGCAAGCAUCCCAUAAAGCAGAAGCUCAAAGAGCAGCACAGAAGUGUGUUUCCAAUCCGAUCCUUACUCCAGUCACUGAUGAGAUGCCCACCGAAGAUCGGGGAGGUGAUUGGGUGGCUCCAGAAAUAAUGGAAGAAAAGCAGCAAAAAACCAAGGCCGCUCCGCAAGCUCAUAAGGUAGGGAGUGCAUCAGAAGAGGUUGUCUCAAAAACAUCGGGAACUAAAAUACAAAUUUCUUGCAUGACCACGAACAAUCUAUGGCUUGUAAAGUGUUGUGUCACAUUUUACGCAGUUGUGCCAAAACUGUCUUCCUUUCUAAUUACUGGGCCAAAAAUUUCUCGGGAUAGCGGCUCAGGUUUGCGCAUGUCCGGUCGCGAUGAACGCAACCUCCGUCUGUCGUCUCUUUCAAAGACCUAUCCUAUAUCGCUAGCUUCAAAAAUUCAAGCAUUUCUUCACUUGCUGGUAGCGGGUUUGCAAUAGCC